AUGUCGACAGCUAUCGUCGUCGGCGCAACAGGCAUUCUCGGCAGAGAAAUUGUUAAACAGCUUUCUAAGACCCCCGAGAAAUGGAAGACAAUCUACGCCCUCUCCCGCAGCAAGAAAGACGAGUACCCGGCCAAUGUGGUCCACAAGCAUGUUGAUCUCCUCAGUUCUGCCGAGCAGAUGGGUAAGGACCUAGAAGGAAUCGACGCCGAGUACAUCUUCUUCACGGCAUAUCUCCAGAAAGACACUGAGCAAGCGAACUGGGAUGUGAACGGUGACAUGCUCGACAAUUUCCUCAAAGCCGUCCCCCACACCAAAACCAAGCGCAUCCUCCUCGUAACCGGCGCCAAACAGUACGGCGUGCACCUCGGCCAACCCAAAAACCCCCUCCUCGAGUCCGACCCCUGGCUGACGGGCACCGACUUCCCCCCAAACUUCUACUACCGCCAACAAGAAAUCCUCCAUAACUUCUGCGCCCAAAGCGGCCCCGGCAACCCCAGCAAAAUCACCUGGACCGUAACCUACCCCAACGACGUCAUCGGCUUCGCCACCGGUAACUUCAUGAACCUAGCCACCGGCAUCGGGCUCUACGUCGCCGUAACCAAAGAACUCAACCCCAACCCCCCGGACACCACCAAACCCACCCCCCUCCCCUUCCCAGGCUCCCAAAUCUUCUACACCCGCUUCGACACCUUCACCUCCGCCCGCCUGCACGCCACCUUCAGCGAAUGGGCCAUCACCGCCCCCGGCGCCACCAACCAAGCCUUCAACGUCGUCAACGGCGACGCCCAGACCUGGUCCGAUCUCUGGCCGCGUGUCGCCCACCGCUACGGCAUGCACGUUCCCCCGGACCAAUUCACAUCCCCCGCGAGCUCGCUCGCGCAGUCGAAACAACUCCACACCCCGCCACCGAUCAGCGUCGCGGUUGAAGAGGCCGGGUUGGUGGGUACUACCGUUGGACAGGAGCCCAGUGUGCUGUCGCAGCGGGUGAAUCUGGUGAAAUGGAGUCAGCAGACAGAGGUGAAGGAUGCGUGGGGGCGGUUGGCGGAGAGGGAAGGGCUGCAGCGGGAGGCGUUUGAGCAGGCGACGUGGGGGUUUGUAGAUUUUGUGUUGGGGAGGGAGUAUGAUAUUGUGCAGAGUAUGAGUAAGGCGCGGGAGGCGGGGUGGAUGGGGUACGAGGAUACGUGGAAGUCGUUUGAGGAUGUCUUUGACGAGCUGGAGGCGGCGAAGGUGAUACCUGCGCGGAAACCUUAG